CCAAUGUGGUUCGUGCAGACGCCAUAUUUGCUGAAAUUUGUAAACAAACUGAAACGUUUUUAUCAUCGUGUUUUGUUUGAUGCCAGACUAUAACAUCCAGAAUGUGAGGUAUAUAUUUAACAAUGAGUGAAAAGGAGGGUACUGAGAAGAAGGAAGAGAAUGGAUCUAAAAACUCCUCAGGUGCGAGAGCUAAGCAGAGCAAUGAUGGCAGACCUAGCAACAAAGCAGAAGACGAACGAGUGACGGGCAAAGGCGCAAAGUCUGGCACACCAGGAACCCCCAAUAAGGGUGGCAAAAAUGACAGCAGAAAGGCCGGUUCAGGUGGCCAUGACCAUGUAAAAGAGUCAAAUCGUAACCGAAACAAUUCUCAGUAUGAUCGUAGUGGUUAUCGAUCCGGUGAUCGAGGAUCAGAUAAGGGUGCUGACCGUGGAGGGAGGAAUGGAAACAAGGGAGGAGGAGAUGGCGGCAGCAGGGACAAGAGUGGUGGUGGUUCUCGAGGGAGUGGCAGGGGGCCACCAGGAGGUGUAAAAAGAGAUAGAGAACAUACACCUAGGAAAACUGAUGCAAGGGACAAGAGGGAAGACAGAGGAGAGAAGGGAGAUGGCAGUGAAAGCCAAAAGAAACACUCAUCGAAAGACACCAAGUCUGCCCAGAUGAACUCAGCAGCAGAUCUAGAAGCUCAGUGGCUGAAGGAAGAAGAAGAAAAAAAGAAGAAGGAAGAGGAAGAAGAAAGAAUCAGACUUGAGGAGAUCAGGAAAAAAGAAGAAGAGGAAAAAAAAUGCAUACAAGACUAUAUCACAGAAAGUAGAGAAAGGACAGAAAAUAAAAAACUACUGCGAGGACGAAAUUUGGCUGCAGCAGACCAAAGGCCAGAUGAAAGUUUUUUUACUAAGCUUGAUUCAAAUUUAAAGAAAAACACUGCUUUUGUAAAGAAAUUGAAAAAUUUGACUGAAUCCCAAAAAGAAAGUUUGACAAAGGAGUUCAACGGCCUUAAUUUGAGUAAAUAUGUUGGUGAAGUGGCCGCCUCCAUUACAGAAGCAAAGCUGAAAAUGUCAGAUAUUUCCUGUGCAGUCCACAUAAGUAGCAUCAUGUUCCAGCGCUAUUAUGAGUUUCCUGCUGCUCUACUGGAAAACAUACAGAAGUUCCUUCUCGGAAAGAAGGAUGAUAAGAUAAGUAAUCCCAGCAAAUACCGUGUAGACCUGCGUUUUUUUGCGGAGUUAGUGUCUGUUGGAUUGUUCUCCAAGAAGGAGGGUCUGGUCGUGGUGGGUAAACAGUUGGAGCAGCUGGUCAACAAUGACCAUGAGGAACACAACAAUCUGACCAUCCUGUCGAGUUUCUGUAAACACUGUGGCGAUGAUUACAUGGGCCUCAUCCCCAGGAAGUACAGAUUGCUUGCUGAAAAGUAUUCACUUGAAAUACCUGGAAGUCAGAUGCUGCAGCCUGAGAAACAGAAGGCCUGUAGAAAUCUAAUGAAGGACUACUUUCAGUCUCUGUGUAAACACCUUUUACGAGUAUAUAAAGACUUAAAAAACAUUGAGCGACAUAAUCGCAGGACUCUUCAGACAAAGGGAGAGCUGAGUAAUGAGAGACGAGAAAGCUAUGAAAGUGCACUUGUUACAUAUCAAAAGCUUUACACCAACACUGCUGUAUUUUCAGAUCUGCUGGACGAUGACAUGCCAGACCUGCCCGAGGAAGAUCUGUUAAAAGAUGAAGAAUCUGGGUUUGAUGUGUUCGACCCUUUAAAGAAUGCAGAGUUUCAGUACGUUGGUGACAGUACCUUGUUUGAGGACGAAGAUGCAAGAGCAUUCUAUGAAUCACUUCCUGAUCUCCGAGCAUUUAUACCAGGGAUAUGCUAUAAAGAGAGUGAACAGGCCACUGUCAAGGACGAAACCAAAGAUGUGGAGACUGGUUUGGAGGAAGACAUAGAGAGCUUGAAGGUGGAGGAUGUGGAGCGAGAAAUGGAAACAGAACAGCAGAUCGCAGAGGUGGAGAACAAGGAGGCAGAGGAAGAGGCUGCCAAGGUCAAAGGUCAGCAGGAGGAGGCGGCAGUGCCUGCAGUAGAUGAGGACUAUAGUGCUCUUCAUGAACUUGACGUUGAAGAAGAUGCUGACACAGGCAACCUGAUGAAGGUCCAGUUUGAUGCUUACCUCCUAUCUCUUCCUAACUGUGUCAACAAGGACCUACUGGACAAGGGCAGCAUAGAGUUUUGUAUGAAUUUCAACAUGAAAUCCAACAGGAAGAAGCUGGUUAAGGCACUAUUCACUGUUCACAGAACCAGGUAUGAUCUGCUGCCAUUUUACUCUCGGAUGGUAGCAACACUGUACCCUUGUAUGCCUGAUGUGGCUAACGACCUUGUCCAGCUUCUCAAAGGAGACUUCAGAUGGCAUGUUAGAAAAAAGGACCAGAUCAACAUUGAAUCCAAGUUAAAGACUGUGCGGUUUAUAGGAGAGCUGGUCAAGUUCAAGUUAUAUCCCAAAUCCGAGGCAUUGCAUUGUGUGAAGUCACUGAUGUUUGAUUUCUCCCACCACAACAUUGAGAUGGCCUGUUCUCUACUGGACACAUGUGGCAGAUUUCUCUACAGAUCUCAAGAUUCUCAUCACAGGACAAAGAUCUAUCUGGAUGUCAUGAUGAGGAAGAAGACAGCCCUCCACCUGGACGGUCGGUACACAACGAUGAUAGAGAAUGCCUUCUACUACAGUAACCCCCCGGAUGUUCCCCAGAGCGCCAGAAAGAUCAGGCCCCCUCUCCACGAGUACAUCAGGAAACUCCUCUACAAGGAUCUCUCCAAGGUCACCACAGAAAAGGUUCUGAGGCAAAUGAGAAAAUUGAACUGGGAUAAUCGUGAGAUAGGAUUCUAUGCCACAAAGUCCCUUAUAGCAGUGUGGAAUGUACGCUACAACUCAAUACACUGUGCUGCCAAUCUCUUAGCUGGUCUAGCACCUUAUCAUGAACAUGUGGCCAUACAGGUUGUGGAUGGAGUACUGGAGGACAUUCGGAUAGGCAUGGAGAUAAACCACCCCAAGUACAACCAGCGCCGUGUGAGCUGUGCCAAGUUUCUUGGAGAGCUUUAUAACUACAGGAUGGUCGAGUCUACCGUCAUCUUCAAGACUCUCUACUCCUUUAUCACUUUUGGAGUGUCGUUUGAUGACAGUGGCGAGUCACUUCUGGACCCCCCACAGCACCUUUUCCGUAUCCGACUCACUUGCGUGGUGCUUGAGACAUGUGGACAGUACUUUGACAAGGGUUCUAGCAAAAAGAAGCUUGAUUGCUUCCUCAUCUAUUUCCAGCGGUAUUACUGGUUCAAAAGGCAGUGUAGUAUUUGGACCGAGGACAGGCCAUUCCCCAUUGAUGUGGAGAACUUGAUGCAGGACACAAUUGAAGCCAUCCGCCCCAAGAGUCAGGUGCCUCAGAACUACGAGGAGGCUAGUAAGGCUGCUGAAGACUUGGAAAAUGAAUACAAACAGAAACUAGCGUCUGUACUGUCCAUCAUUGAAACGGAUGAAGGAAACAGCAGUGAAGCUGAUGAGGGAGUUCUGACCACCAUACGGGAGAUCGAAGAAAUUGAUGACUUCAGUAACAGUCUGUCCAACACGGAGGAUGAUAGUGAGGCAAGCGGGGAAGAUCAUAGUCAGAGUCAGCGAAGUUACACAGGCAGUAUGAGCAAUCGGGAUCAGGGGGAGGAGGGAGAAGGUGUUGAAACGAGUGAGAACGAUGACGAUGACAUGUUAGACUCCGCUGGGGAAGAUGAUGAGAUAACCCUGUUAACUGGAGGACCAAAAUUUGUCAAGUGCUCGGAGGAUGAUGACUUCAUGACAGCAUUUGACAAGAUGAUGAUAGACAACAUUCAGGCAAGAAAUCAUGAGUCACUCAAAGUGCCCCAGCUGGAUAUAGCAGUCCCUAUGCAUCUGAAGGAUAAAAACAAAAAGGCAGCAUGUUCUAACUUCUUAGAAACCCAGGAAGAACCGAAAGAGAACAAGUCCAUAGACUUUGUACUGAUGACCAGGAGAGGCAACAAGCAGCAGUUCACCAACCUGAAUGUACCCAUAUCUGCUGAGUUUGCUGCCAAGUACAAGGAAAGGGAACAUGCCGAGAAGAUGGAGAAGGAGAGGAUGAAACAGGUGGUGCUGGGAAUCCAUGAGCGACAGGAGGAGGAGGAUUACCAGGAAAUGAUAGCAGCAUUAAACAGACCGAUGCCAUUGGUAAAUGCUAACCGGGACAGGAGGUUGAGGAACUACCAGCAUCCAAAGGGAGCUCCAGAUGCUGACCUCAUCUUUGGCUCAAAGAAACGUUGAAGUACUGAAAACAAAGUGUAAGUGACAGAAAUCAAAGCAGUGCACGCUGCUCAAAAGCCACAAUUCAGGCUGAUAAACUAAGGAAUGACCAGCUGCUGUUCACUCAGCAGGAUCUCCCCCCUGGUAGUGAGGAUCAACCCCAGCCCUAGUGGGGCAGGGAAGCGGGGUCAAGAGGACAUUCUCCCACAGGAGUAGUGCUACACACGGACACAAAUGUGCAACUCCUGCUCCAAGAAAAAGUGAAAAUUAGUUUAUCACGAACCAACGUUGAUAUAUAAAUGUGUGUCAAAUGUACAUUAAUUUGUGGUUCAAAAGUUUGAUGAAUCAAUUGUGAAAAUUGUUGUCUUCUGGCACUGGUAAAGUUAAGUUCAGAUGUAAGGUAAAAUGAUUGAUUUAAAAAUAAAAUGGAAAAGAGUUUGGUGGAGGAAAUGGUGUGAGUUAGAAUUAGUAUUACAACUCUUUGAAAGAGUUUGUCAUCCUGACAUAACAGGUUAAUGAUUUAAAACAAAACAAAAUAGUUACAGGAAUAUUCAUGCAAUAACAAUGUGAAAAUUAAAAAGAUUAGUAAAAAUGAAAUUUUUCAUAAUUUGAGUUUUUUAUUAAAAAAAAAAAAUGAAAAUUUUAUUAAAGCAGUAAUUUAUUGAUGCGAAAGAAUUGUUGAUACUUUUUAUACCUGUUAUGCAAUUUGUACUGUUUACAAAUCUUAUUUGUUAGUAUUUUCUGAUUCUGAAAUUUGUUCAGCAUUUGAUUACUUUGUUACUAAAUAUAAUGAUUGACUGUAUAGGCCUCACACACAUCAGAUUUACGUUUGCAGGUUUUAGGUGGUUCACUCAGCCGGUAUUGUCAUUGUCCAAACACAGGCUUAGAUACAAAACCUUAUGGAUGACUGAACACCUGAGUUCAUCAUUUCCACAUUCUACUUACACAGUUAUUACAUAGAUAAACAGCAUACAAAAUGGAAAGUUGCAGCUGAAGGGUAUAAAACUUCUUGUCUGGUACCGGUUUAUGAAUGUACAAUUAAAACAGUGGAAACAUGAUUAAAACCAAAAUGUCUUCAAGUUAUUGAAUAUCAGAUGUUGUUGAAUCAGUUAUGGUAUAUAAAUUGCAAGAUGUGACACCAGGCUUAAGGAAUGAUACAGUUGGUAGUAAUUGCUUCUUUCUACCAUUCAUAUUAUACAUGAAUACUAAUUUACAGGUACAACAAUGUUUUUCUCAUGAAAAUGUGUGAGCUCAAUAAAUAAUCAAGACUGC